CACCCUGAAAUUUCAUUUCAAUAUCGUUUCUUUUUCCCAGUUCUUUUGGCCGUUGGUGUUGUAGUUUGUUGGUGAUGAUCACUGAAAUUAUCUCAAAUCCAUGUAAUCGGAGGCCACUCUAUUGAUUCAGCGUAAAACUCAAACGUUGAGCAUGAAAUGGCUCUAGAACCCGUGAUUUCUGCCAUAAAAUUUGUUUCCCAAAAGAUCCAAUUGCUCCAAAUCCACGCUCACAUUAUACGCACAAACCUCAUUCAAUACUCCCCAGUUUCUACUCAGUUCUUGUCCCGUAUAGCUCUCUCUGGUCCAUUGCAAGAUGCGAACUAUUCCCGCCGUUUUUUUGAGCAACUCGCCCACCCCUUGGUUUCUCAUUACAACACCAUGAUCAGGGCCUGUUCCAUGAGUGAUUCCCCACGAAAGGGUCUCCUUUUAUAUCGAGAUAUGAGAAGAAGAGGCAUUGCUGCAGACCCUUUAUCGGCUUCCUUUGCUGUUAAGUCUUGUAUUAGGCUUCUGUAUCUUCUUGGAGGGGUUCAGGUUCAUUGCAACAUAUUCAAAGAUGGGCACCAAUGGGAUACCCUUUUGCUCACCGCUCUCAUGGACCUGUAUUCGCAAUGCCAGAGCGGAGGUGAUGCGUGCAAGGUGUUCGAUGAGAUGCCUCAAAGGGACACUGUUGCUUGGAAUGUCAUGAUCUCUUGCUGUGUUCGAAAUAAUAGGACUCGGGACGCUUUGAGUUUGUUUGAUGUUAUGCAGCGUUCGAGCGAUAAAUGUGAGCCUGAUGAUGUUACUUGUUUGCUUCUUCUUCAGGCUUGUGCUCAUUUGAAUGCCUUGGAAUUUGGUGAACGAAUUCAUGGCUAUAUAACAGAGCGUGGUUAUGGUGAUGCUCCCAACUUAUCUAAUGCACUCAUCUCUAUGUAUUCACGUUGUGGUUGUCUAGAAAAGGCUUAUGAGAUUUUUAAGAGAACAGGAAAUAAAAGUGUGGUUUCAUGGAGUGCUAUGAUAUCUGGUUUGGCAAUGAAUGGAUAUGGGAGGGAAGCUCUUGAGGCAUUCGAAGAGAUGUUGAGAAUUGGCAUUCAACCGGAUGAUCAGACAUUCACGGGUGUCCUUUCAGCUUGCAGUCAUUCUGGAAUGGUUGAUGAGGGAAUGUCAGUUUUUGACCGUAUGAACAGAGAGUUUGGAAUAACUCCCAACGUUCAUCACUAUGGGUGCAUGGUUGAUCUCUUGGGCCGUGUUGGCCUGCUUGAUAAGGCUUAUCAGCUUAUUAUGUCAAUGGUAGUGAAGCCAGAUUCCACAAUAUGGAGGACUUUGCUUGGGGCUUGUAGGAUUCAUGGCCAUGUUACACUUGGUGAACAAGUAAUUGGGCAUUUGAUUGAAUUGAAAGCUCAAGAAGCUGGGGAUUACGUUUUACUUUUGAAUAUUUAUUCUUCAGCUGGACACUGGGAAAAGGUAGCAGAGGUGAGGAAAUUGAUGAAAGAUAAAGCCAUCCAAACAACGCCAGGUUGUAGCACAAUCGAAUUGAAAGGAGUAGUACACGAGUUUGUUGUGGACGACAGUUCACAUUCAAAAAAUCGUUUGAUUUAUGAGAAACUGGAUGAGAUUAAUCAUCAGCUGAGGAUUGCUGGUUAUGUUGUUGAACUUUCAUCUGAGUUACACAAGAUGAAUGACAAAGAAAAGGGGUAUGUGCUCUCACAUCACAGUGAAAAAUUGGCUGUUGCUUUUGGGGUUCUUGCAACUCCACCUGCCACAACACUGAGAGUAGCCAGUAAUAUCCGUAUAUGUGUUGACUGCCACAAUUUUCUAAAACUUUUUUCCGGGGUUUACAACCGUGAUGUAUUUCUUAGGGACCAUAAUCGAUUUCACCACUUCAGGGGAGGGCACUGCUCAUGUAACGACCAUUGGUAGGGAAAUUAUAUACAGAUGAUAAAAUCCGCCGAGUGUUACAGAAAUGAUCGCAAAAGGCAACUAAAAUGUAGAAUGGCUAACUUUGCUGCUGGUUAUUUGUAGAAACUUGGUGAAAUAUUGGCUUAAUUGAAAUGCAACCAUUAAAUACAAGUGGACCUACCAAACACCAGGGGCCUGCAAAACAUCAAAUCUGCUAUCCUGCAAAUUUGUUGUUUGUUGGCAUGAGAAUUUUUGUUUUUAAGCUUUUGGAGAACUUUUUGCUUAUAAUGAAGGUCAAUUGAUAUAGUACACUGAGCUACAGUCAUUUGACCUAAUACUAUGGUAGGUUCAUCCUGUAUAACAUGAAGAUUUUUCUUGACAUUGGCAUUCCUCGAAGUGCUGACAAGGUUACAAUCCCUGCUAACUGGAUCAACUCUGACGAUACAGCUUUUGUCCAUUCAAAAAAUAUAUAUCAAAGCAACCUGUUAAUGUCAAAUAACAAUUUUAUAUGCACUCCAUUUAGAUAACAGCAUCUGACAGUUUUUUCUCAUUUUUUUUAGUUAAAAUUGCUCUCGUACUUCUGGCUAGUGACUUGAGAAAGAAUAUCAUAAAGAAUUUACUUGAUUCUAACCAGGUAAGAUAACUAACCGCGGACAAUCUUGAUCAUGAAAACUAUUUUAAUAAAAAGAAAUUACAAUGCAACUCAAAAUUCACGAGUCCAGGGAUUAAAAAAACACCUCGUCAUGCAAUUAUUUUCAAACUGCAAUCUUCUAUAAGC